CAGCUCAGGGGUCUUCCUGGCCGUCCGCAGGCCCGGGUCCGUCCGCUUCCGGUCUCCGGGUGACGUCAGGUCUUUGCAGCUUUGUAAAGGUCGGAACCUUUGUUUUUUCGCGGAACUGUUGUGUGAGUCUCCAGGGGACUGGUAAUGAAGACGGACCGCUGAUCUGUCAUUCGUGGUGAUGUUACCGGCGCAGAGCUCUCUGGCCGAGUCCGUGGACGGUGACGAUGUGAGAAGCGAGGAUGGCGGCGACGAGAGGAAGGGAGAGCGGCCCGGCGGCCAUUACUACUGCCUGUACCUGUACCAGCAGGCCGGGGGCGACUCCCAGCAUAGAGAUGGUGAGGAUGAUGAGAGUGGUGCUGCAGACACACCAUGUGGAGAAGAUUUCAGCCUGUCUCUGGUAGACACUAACCUCGCUGCUGAGGCCGAGCCCGAGCUCCGGACGUUCAUAGCAAAGCGCUUGUCCCGAGGAGCCUUGUUUGAGGGUGUGGGGAACGUGUCAUCUGUGGACCUUGGCUCUCCUGACUAUGUGCUGGGCUGUUACUACUGCCUGAUACAAGGUAAAGCAGAGGAGUGCAGCGCGACUGCGCCCCCGGAACACAUCAUCUGCUUCCUGGGGGGCAGCGAGAAAGGCCUGGAUCUCUUCAGACUUGAGCUGGAUCAUUAUGUGGACGGCCUGAAGAGCAAAUUAAAGAUGGGUUACGUGGAAUUGGAGAUUCGGCCAUAUCUCGUUGCCUGGUUUGAAGAUUCGGUGUUGCCCAUACAUCGGGUGGUGAACCUCUUUCAGGAGAAGCUGGCUUAUUUGCUGUAUGCGGCGCUGAGCUACACCCCUGUGGAAGUUGUGAACUCCACUGAGCAGACGCAGAACGAUAUCAGUAGGUUCCUGACCUCGGCCAGUCUGCAGGGCUUAGUCCAGGAGGGCACCAUGACAUCCCUGUGCCUGGCAAUGACUGAGCUGCAGCAGCAGCGAUCUGUGACCGUGGACGCCGGUGACGGUCAACCGCAGCUGGGUAAUGCAGUCAGUAACCGCUUCUGUGAGGACUGGAUGCAGGUCUUCAUCAACACCUACGACGGGGGCAGCCCCUUUCUCUUCCGCCAGAAGCUGGAGAACUUCAAGCUGAAGGUCAUUCAAGACAUGAACAAUCUGAAGCGCCUGAUCCGCCAGGCGGAGAGCAGCCAUUACGCCCUGUUCCGCUGCUACAACUUCCUGAAGAACUGUGGGAAUGGCGACCUCCUGCUGCAGAUCGUGGCGGUGGAGCACGCUGAGCUGCCCGAGGCCCGGAGCGUGGUGAGGGUGCUGGAGGAGUUCAUCCGUGAGGAAGGCUUCCCCGUCCGGGACUCCUGACCCCCCAGGAGUGUGUGUGGUUUACAGUCCUGCCCCCUGACGCCAUUAAUUCUGACCUACGAGACCCCCGCCCUCCGCAUGUGGUGGUCAGGGCUCUGCCAUGCCCCCACUCGGCACUUUGUUUGUGGUUUACAGUCCUGUCUGUGCCCCCCCACCCCAAUCAUUUCUGUGGCCGUUUUUAGGUUUAAUCAGGCCGGUUUACACGUGGCCCCCUCCUCGCUGCGGCCACCACCCUGUAGUUGUGCCCAGAGGUGUAAUGGGGGGGAAUAAAGCCGUCAUCUACACGGCAGAGAGGAGGUGGAAUGAAUUCACCCCCCAUCAUUACCCGCUCCUCCCCCUGUACUCAGACACUUUAUCCUCCAGACAUUUCAGGGGUCCCCUGCCCCCCUCAGUGUGUGAUAGACUGCACUACUGCUGUCCAGCUGCCUCAGUACUACUGCCCUGUGCUCUGUAUUAAUAAAGCUGCUGUGCUGGACUGACA